AUGGUUCAACCUCAAUCGAAAUUGGAUGUUGUCAUUGAAUCUCCAACCAGCAAACACCAAGAACACGCAGUGAAGCCAUAUAAUAUUGAGAAUCAAGAAAAAACGAAAAAGAAGCCAUCAGUCAUAGCGAACAUUAAUGCCAGCUAUUUCAGGAUUUGCAUAUCCCUUGCUGGUCAAGCUUUACUUUGGAAAACCCUUAGUGAAGACACAAACAUGGGACCAACCUUUCGUAACUUGUUCUUGAAGUUACCAUCGACUGCUUUUUUCUUGCUUUGGUGUCUUUCCCUAUGCGUGUUGGUGUCUCUCUCUAUCCUCUAUGUUUUGAGGUGCAUUUUCUACUUCAACAUGGUGAAAGCCGAGUUCCAUCACCAUGUAGGAGUAAAUUACCUAUUUGCACCGUGGAUAUCAUGGCUCCUGUUACUUCUAUCAGCUCCAUCAUUCAUUUUACGCCACAAAUACUCUUGUGAGUAUUUAUGGUGGCUGCUUAUCAUUCCAGUGGUAGGUCUUGAUGUAAAGGUAUAUGGGCAAUGGUUUACGACUGAAAAGAGGUUUUUGUCAAUGGUGGCUAAUCCAACAAGUCAACUAUCGCGUCUGUCUGGCAGUAAUCACAUCCCCUCCAAGCUCAGACCUGUUUUCUUCCUCUUUGUAGCUGCCCCAAGCAUGGCGGCCUUAGCCUGGAAAUCUAUUAAAGGAAGCUUUGAUAUCCAAUGCAAAAUGCUAUUCUUUCUGUCCUUAUUUCUCUUUACAUCUUUGGCUAGCCGGCCGAUGCUUUUCAAGAAAUCAGUGAAAGAGUUCAGUGUGGCAUGGUGGGCUUUCUCCUUCCCUCUCACCUUCCUUGCUCUGGCAGCCACAGCAUACGCUCAGCAAGUGAAGAGUCUCACAGCAACUGGAUUAGCAGUAGUCUUAUCAACAAUUUCGGUUCUUGUUUUCCUCCUCCUCUUAGUCUUUUCCACGUUGAAGAUCGACUCCCUACUUCAUAAACCUAUUCUCAAAUUCUCUAACGAUUCAGUGUCCUACAAUUUAAAUUAAUGUCAUUGGUGAAAUAAGCUAGACAUUAAGGGUAUUCUGUAAUAUCACUGUAGUUUAGUUAUUAUGC